AUGCCGAAGCUCACAACACUUCCGGUCGACGAUCCCCAACCUCAGACCCGAGCAGUUCGGAACGACCGAGAAACUCCGACGCUCACGACAGGGAACAAUUUCCCUCCAUGGAUCCGAGCGGUACAGGGCAACCAAGAGCUUCUGCUCCACGAGUAUCAGCUUGCAACGGAGAACAGUUUCCUCCACCCCCUCCAGGACCAUUCGGAACCGGAGAAAGAACGCCACCAAGACCAUUUGGAUCUAGGCCGCAGGCACCGCCACGGGCCGAACACUAUGGUGGACACACUUACACACCUCCAUUUUCGUCAUCAACCGCUCCCAAAUGAUACUUACAAAAUAGAAGACCGCCGAGACAAACUCAUGAAGAGCACGCUUUCGAGCAACCAGCUCAAACAAACCAUACUUACUUCGGUAACGAUCCAGCCUUUCGGCAAUAUGCAGAACGAAACGAUGCUGAGCUCAGACGCAUGA